GGCCUCACCUGGCUGCCCGCCUUCUUCCCCCACGUGCUGGGCGUCUACGUCACUGUCCGGCUGGCUGCAGCGUACCCCCACCUCCAGUGGUUUUACGGGGCCUUGGGCAUGGCCAUCAUUGGCGCCAGCUCCUGCCUGGUGCCAGCCUGCAGGAAUUUCAAGCAGGUCAUCAUUCCCCUCUGUGGCAUCUGCUUUGGCAUUGCCCUGGUGGACACAGCCCUGCUGCCCACCCUGGCCUUCCUGGUGGACGUGCGCCACGUCUCUGUCUACGGCAGCGUCUAUGCCAUCGCAGACAUCUCCUACUGCGUAGCAUACGCCCUGGGGCCCAUCGUGGCUGGCCAGAUUGUGCACACCAUGGGCUUUGCACAGCUCAACCUCGGCAUGGGGCUUGCCAAUGUGCUUUAUGCCCCUGUCCUCCUCUUCCUCAAAAAUGUCUGCCAGAUGAAACCCUCUCACUCAGAGAGGAACAUCCUCCUUGAAGAAGGACCUAAGGGACUUUAUGACACUAUCAAAAUGGAGGAGCGCAAAGGCAUGGGCAAAAGCCUUCAUCCAGCGGGUGAGACAGAGGAGAAUGGCACGGACUCUUACCGCAGAGACCUGACAGGGGUGUCCGAGGAGGACUCAUCAGACUAUGAGUACAGUUAG